UGGGCUGGAGGGGCGGGGUGAGAAGGCUCCGCGCCGGUAAAGGGGCCGCCCGAGCGCGAUCCGAGCCAUCUACUGCUGCCGGCCACCCGGACCUCCCGACUCGCAUCCCGCCCCUUCCCCGCCCGCCGCCGUCACCAGGGAAACGGGCCGCGACCGCCCGCCGACCCCAAGCUGGUUUCAUGGCAGCCGCGAAGAAAGCAGUUUUGGGGCCAUUGGUGGGAGCAGUGGACCAGGGCACCAGCUCGACGCGCUUUUUGGUUUUCAAUUCAAAAACAGCCGAACUACUUAGUCAUCAUCAAGUGGAAAUAAAACAAGAGUUUCCAAGAGAAGGAUGGGUGGAGCAGGACCCUAAGGAAAUUCUGCAUUCUGUCUAUGAGUGUAUAGAGAAAACGUGUGAGAAACUUGGCCAGCUCAAUAUUGAUAUUUCCAACAUAAAAGCUAUUGGUGUCAGUAACCAGAGGGAAACCACUGUAGUCUGGGACAAGUUAACUGGAGAGCCUCUCUACAAUGCUGUGGCUGCUCCAGUUUCUCCUGGCCCUUCAGAUCCAGCUGCUGUUGUUCCCUCUGGCUCUUCAGUUCCAGCUGCUGGCCCUUCCUCAGUGUGGCUUGACCUAAGAACCCAGUCUACCGUUGAGAGUCUUAGUAAAAGAAUUCCAGGAAAUAAUAACUUUGUCAAGUCCAAGACAGGCCUUCCACUUAGCACUUAUUUCAGUGCGGUGAAACUUCGUUGGCUCCUUGACAAUGUGAGAAAAGUUCAAAAGGCAGUUGAAGAAGAUAGAGCUCUUUUUGGGACCGUUGAUUCAUGGCUUAUUUGGAGCUUGACAGGAGGAGCCAGUGGAGGUGUCCAUUGUACAGAUGUAACAAAUGCAAGCAGGACGAUGCUUUUCAACAUCCAUUCUUUGGAAUGGGAUAAAGAGCUCUGCGAAUUUUUUGAAAUUCCAAUGAAAAUUCUUCCAAAUGUCCGGAGUUCUUCUGAGAUCUACGGCCUAAUGAAAAUCUCUCAUAGUCUGAAAGCUGGGGCCUUGGAAGGUGUACCAAUAUCUGGGUGUUUGGGGGACCAAUCUGCCGCACUGGUGGGACAAAUGUGCUUCCAGGAUGGACAAGCCAAAAACACGUAUGGAACAGGCUGUUUCUUACUAUGUAAUACAGGCCGUAAGUGUGUAUUUUCUGAACAUGGCCUUCUGACCACAGUGGCUUACAAACUCGGCAGAGACAAACCAGUGUAUUAUGCGUUAGAAGGUUCCGUAGCUAUAGCCGGUGCUGUUAUUCGCUGGCUCAGGGACAAUCUUGGAAUUAUAAAGACCUCUGAGGAAAUUGAAAAACUUGCUAAAGAAGUAGGUACUUCUUAUGGCUGCUAUUUCGUCCCAGCAUUUUCAGGGCUAUAUGCACCUUAUUGGGAGCCCAGUGCAAGAGGGAUCAUCUGUGGGCUCACUCAGUUCACCAAUAAAUGCCAUAUUGCUUUUGCUGCAUUAGAAGCUGUUUGUUUCCAAACUCGAGAGAUUUUGGACGCCAUGAACCGCGACUGUGGAAUUCCGCUCAGCCAUUUGCAGGUAGACGGAGGAAUGACCAACAACAAAAUUCUGAUGCAGCUACAAGCAGACAUUCUGUAUAUCCCAGUAGUGAAGCCCUCGAUGCCCGAAACAACUGCCCUGGGAGCUGCCAUGGCAGCAGGGGCUGCAGAAGGGGUUGGCGUUUGGAGUCUGGAACCUGAGGACUUGUCAGCUGUCACAAUGGAGCGGUUUGAACCUCAGAUCAACGCUGAGGAAAGUGAAAUUCGUUAUUCUACGUGGAAGAAAGCUGUGAUGAAGUCAAUGGGUUGGGUUACAACUCAGUCUUCAGAAAGUGGUGACCCUAGUAUCUUCUGUAGUCUACCCUUGGGCUUUUUUAUAGUGAGUAGCAUGGUAAUGUUAAUCGGAGCAAGGUACCGCUCAGGUAUGCCGUAAAUACUACCAACUCAUGGAUUCCAAAGAUACUAGAACUUAGAUCAAAGUUAAAUUGAGAAAGAAAUUGCAGGAAACGUGAAGCUCAGCUGUUAGCACUUGAUCAGGCACACUCUGAAGAAUUAACCUACAGCCGAAGAAGUAGUUUCUGGAAUGAUGAGCACCUUACUCGUUCUGUUAGAAAAGACUACAGUGUCCCAUCUCAGCAUCCAGAAAAUACCCUGCUGAGGUCAGCAGCCAUUAUCAAUAGGGUCUUGUGGUCAUGCCUAACCAUGACCUACUGGUUCCACUCUCUGCUUCAGUGUCUCUCUACCUGGGUGAUUUGGUGGAGUGAAGUACGCCAUUGUUCUCUGAACUCAAUAGCCAACACCUCAACCUUUUGUUCUCCAGGUAAUCAGUAAUAUAAGUAAUGCAUUUUUGCUUCUGUAAUAAUAUCUUAGAAUUUUUUAGUGUGUUUCUUUUGAAAUGCCUAAAGGUCAGUUCUUUGGCUUAUGGGUAUUUUGUAUCAUGUGGGAAUGAAGAAUGAUAGCUAUUUAGGAGGAACCACCAAUCAAAAUAUGUCAUAGCACAGAAACUGUAACAGUAUUGGCAAGUCUAGUAGGUAGUAUUUACCUCACAGUGUCUACCUAAUCGCAAAUAGAAGUUCAAAAAUUACUAUUUUUAUAGCUUUAAUGAGGUAUAAUUGAUAUACAGAAAACUGUACAUAUUUAAUGUAUAUACUUUGAUGAGUUCAGACAUAUGCAUACACCCAUUAUCCCAUUACCACAAUCAAGGUUAUAAACAUAUCCAUCACCUCCAAAAUUUUUCUUAUGUCCCUUUGCUUGUUGUGUUUGUGUGUUAAGAAUGCUUAACAUGAGAUCUACCCUCUUAAAUUUUUUAAAAUAUUUAUUUAUUUAUUUUUGGCUGCAUUGGGUCUUUGUUGCUGCGUGCGAGCUUUCUCUAGUUGUGGUGAGCGGGGGCUACUCUUCAUUGCGGUGCGCGGGCCUCUCAUUGCGGUGGCUUAUCUUGUUGCGGAGCAUGGGCUCUAGGCACGCAGGCUUCAGUACUUGCGGCGCACAGGCUCAGUAGUUGUGUCUCUCGGGCUCUAGAGCGCAGACUCAGUAGUUGUGGCGCACGGGCUUAGUUGCUCCACAGCAUGUGGGAUCUUCCUGGACCAGGGCUCGAACCUGUGUCUCCUGCAUUGGCAGGUGGAUUCUUAACCACUGUGCCACCAGGGAAGCCCUACCCUCUUAAAUUUUUAAGUGCACAAUACCGUAUUGUUAACUCUAGGCACUAUGUUGUACAACAGAUCUCUAGAACUUAUUCAUCUUGUGUAAUUAACUUCAUAUCCAUUGAACAACUCCCCAUUUCCCCCUCACCCCAGCCCCUGCUAGGCACCAAUCUCUUUUCUGUUUCUAUGAGUUUGACUUUUUAAGAUUCCACACAUGAAGUAAGAUCAUGCAGUAUUUCUUUCUGUGUCUGGUUUAUUUCACUUAGCAUAAUAUCUUCCAGGUCCAUCGAUGUUGUUAACAAUAGUAGAAUUUCCUUCUUUUUUUAAGGCUGAUCAAGAUUCCACUGCAUGCAUAUACCACAUUUUCUUUAACCAUUCAUCUGUCAAUGGACAUUUGGGUCAUUUCUAUAUCUUGGCUAUUGUGAAUAAUGCUGCAAUGAACAUGGGAGUGUAGAUAUUUCUUCAAGAUCCUGAUUCCAAUGCUUUUGGAUAUAUACUCAAAAGUGGGACUGCUGGAUCAUAUGGUAGUUCUAUUUUUAAUUUUUUUGAGGAGUCCUCAUACUGUUUUCCACAGUGGCUGUACCAUUUUACACUCCCACCAACAAUGUUACAAGUGUUCCAAAAAUUAUUUUUUAACUAGAACUUUGUAAUAACUUGUUUUAACUAAUAAUAUUUAAAUAAUGACGUUUACUUGAUCCGUUCUAGCAACCUAACAAUUUGUAAGGUCACAUAACAGGCAAUUAGUGGAAAACUGAGUGGCUUUUUUAAAACCAACUUGGUUGCUACUUGGUCUAUACUUUAUAGGUACAUAUCUUAGUUCUGGUCUUAUGAUAAAGUAUAAAUUGUGUUAAGUAUCAUAGACAGAAAACUCUCGCAAGUGUUUCCAAAGGUUUCCCUGUCAUCAGAUUUAGUGGAAAUGACCUAUUAAAUUACAUUUGGGGACUAUAAAGAUAAAUAUUCUGAGAAGCAUAAGAUAGUUUAAAAACAAGUUGCUCAACUAGACCAAUAUCUCUAUUUACCAGUUUUCAUCCUAUUUCAGGUAACUAGUUCUACCUGACAGCAUAAUAGUUGAGGAUAACAAUAUUUUAUUUUAAAAAGCAGCCUCAGGCCUUUUUCAGUUUUCCUGUGUAGUAUUAAAAUUAAGUAGCUUCUUUUAUUCCCCAUUAUUAAACCUGAUAUUAUUUAUGUCAUUGGUUGCUUAUUAUGAUAUGACUAGUUUACAAGUGGAUUUCAUAAAUAUCAGAUCAUUUAAAUCAUCUCCAAAACAUUCAUCAAAAGGAGGCUGGUUAAAUUAACUGUGCUACAGCCACACAAUAUAGAACAUGUAGCUUUAGAAAAGCAUGGGGACGCUGUCUAGAAACAUGGAAACAUCCAAGAUCAGUGAAAAAGCAAGGUGCAGAGGAGUGCAUAAGUGUGCUACCUUUCCAUUUAAAAAAAAAAAAAAGAAAAAAAGAAAAAACUAGGCUGUUUGCCUAUGCCGGACGGACACAUAAAGAAACUGGGAAGCUGCUGCAUAGCACAGGGAGAUCAGCUCGGUGCUUUGUGCCCAC